GAAAGCCGCCAAUACAGUAGCGGCAUCGGUGGUUGUUGAGUACUGGCAUCCAACGGGAGGCAGAGAGACUGGGAGUGAAAGGCGUUGAAACAAUCUGGUAUUGCUAGAGUGGAUGCGGGAGGGGAACUUCCUCUUCCGGCUCAUUCAUGGGAGGAUGGUGGAACAAGCAGGGGCUCUCGCUCUUUCAAGGGUCGAAGCAGCAGCUGGAAAGACAAAGAGGAUGCCAAGAAGACAUUCUGGAUAAGUAAAAAUCACAAGAGGAAUUAAAGAAGAAAGUGAAUGCAGUCAGCAAUCAAAAUCUUCCAGUUUCCUGCAGAAAACAACAAAACUCUCCUUCCCUGUCAAGUAACAGACAGAAGAGAAUAACAGGAACUGGGUUUUGAGCUGGGAAAAAAUCGAGACUCUGGAACUCAUAUCCAAAUUCAGAAAAAAGAUGGAAAUACCUGGAAGUGAGUGGGGAGAACCCUGUGACUUGGAUAAUUAUGUAGGGCAGGCAGUCGUGCGAGCCUUGCCCUGUGAAGAAAUAAAGAAUAGCUUGAAUGAAAGUGCCAGGCAAGAUGGGAUCCAAAAUAUUUUUGACCUCCAGAAUCCAUUGGUGGAAACACCCCACCAAUGUGGGAAAAGCACAGAUUGUGGAUCACAAUUGAUUAUGCAUGAGAGUUUCCAUACUGGAGAAAAACCGAAUGAAUGUUCCGGAUGUGAGAAGGUUUUUUGCUACAGCUCCUUCCCUUUUGAAAAUAAAAGGAUUUACACCGGAGAGAAUCCAUACCAAAGCUUCCAGUAUGGAGAUUUUAGCAAACACGCUCCUCUUGUCUUACACCAAAGGACUCCUACAGGUGAGAAACCAUAUGAGUGUCCGAACUGUGGAAAAGCUUUCAGUCAGAAUUCCCACCUUGUAAACCAUCAGAGGACACAUACAGGGGAGAAACCGUAUGAGUGUCCAGAUUGUGGGAAAGGUUUCAGUCAGAAUUCCAAUCUCUUGAUGCACCAGAGGACUCAUACAGGGGAGAAGCCAUAUGAAUGUUCAGAUUGUGGGAAGUGUUUCCGUCUUAAUUCCCAUCUGGUGGUACACAAAAGAUCUCACACAGGUGAGAAACCAUAUGAGUGCUUGGAUUGUGGGAAAGGUUUCACUCAUAGUUCCCACCUUGUGAUACACAGGAGAACUCACACAGGAGAGAAACCUUAUGAGUGUCCAGAUUGUGGGAAAGGUUUCCGUGUUAAUUCCCAUCUGGUGGCGCACCAAAGGAUUCACACAGGGGAGAAACCAUAUCAGUGUCUGGAUUGUGGGAAAAGUUUCAGUCAGAAUUCCCAACUGGUGGUGCACCAGAGGACACACACAGGAGAGAAACUGUAUGAAUGUCCAGAGUGUGGAAAAAGUUGCACUCACAAUUCCGACCUCAUGGUACACCUGAGGACACACACAGGAGAGAAACCAUAUGAGUGUCCAUAUUGUAGGAAACGUUUCAGUCACAAUUCCAACCUGGUGGUACACCAAAGGAUACACACUGGAGAGAAGCCAUAUGAGUGUCCAUACUGUGGGAAAAGUUUCAGUCGGAAUUCUUACCUGGUGAUACACCAGAGGACUCACACUGGGGAGAAACCAUAUCAGUGUUUGGAUUGUGGGAAAAGUUUCAGUCACAGUUCUGAACUGGUGAGACACCAGAGGAUACAUACAGGAGAGAAACCGUAUGAGUGUUCAGACUGUGGAAAAAGUUUCAGUCAGAAUUCCAGCCUGGUGAUACACAAGAGGACUCACACUGGGGAGAAACCAUAUGAGUGUUCGGAUUGUGGGAAAACGUUUAGUCAGAACUGCUACCUAAUUAUACAUGAGAGGACGCACACAGGGGAGAAACCAUAUGAGUGUCUCUAUUGUGGGAAAAGUUUCAUUCGGAAUUAUGCCUUGGUGAUACACCAGAGGACUCACACUGGGGAGAAACCAUAUGAGUGCUCAGAUUGUGGGAAAAGUUUCCGUCUGAGUUCCCACCUAGUGGUGCACCAGCGGAUUCACACUGGGAAGAAACCAUAUGAGUGUCAGGAUUGUGGGGAAAGUUUCAGUCAGAAUUGUCUCCUGGUAUACCAUCAGAGAGCACACACAGGAGAAAAACCGUAUGAGUGUCCAGAUUGUGGGAAAGGUUUCAGUAAUAAUUCUCACCUGGUGGUGCACCAGCGGAUUCACACAGGGGAGAAACCAUACGAGUGUCUGGAUUGUGGGAAAAGUUUCAGUCGGAAUUCUCACCUGGUGGUGCAUCAGAGGACUCACACAGGGGAGAAACCAUAUGAGUGUCCAGAUUGUGGAAAAGGUUUUAGUACUAGAUCUAAACUUGUAAAUCAUGUAGGUUUACACAUAGGGGAGAAACCUUUCAAAUGCUCAGAGUGUGGACGGUGUUUUACUCAAAAUUCCUCCCUUACUGCACACAAGAAAAUCCACACAGGUGGAAAACCAUAUGAGUGUAUGGAUUGUGGGAAACAUUUUACUUACAAUUCCCACCUGGUGAAACACCAGAGGACUCACACAGGGGAGAAACCUUAUGAGUGUCCAGAUUGCAGGAAAAGGUUCCGUACUAAUUCACACCUGAUGGCCCACAAGAGGACUCACACAGGGGAGAAACCACACCAGUGUAUGGAAUGUGGGAAAAGUUUCAGUCGGAAUUCCCAACUAGUUAUUCACCAGAGGACACACACAGGAGAGAAUCUAUAUGAAUGUUUGGACUGUGGGAAAAGUUUCAGUCAGAAUUCCCAUUUGGUGGUACACCAGAGGACACACACAGGAGAGAAACCGUAUGAAUGUCCAUAUUGUGGGAAACGUUUCAGUUACAGUUCCAAUCUGGCAGCACACCAAAGAAUUCACACUGGGGAGAAAUCAAAUGAGUGUCCGGAUUGUGGGAAAAGUUUCAGUCGGAAUUCCUACCUGGUGAUACACCACAGGACUCACACUGGGGAGAAACCGUAUGAAUGUCCUGAUUGUGGGAAAAGUUUCAUUCACAGUUCUGAACUGGUGAGACACCAGAGGACGCACACAGGAGAAAAACCAUAUGAAUGUCCAGACUGCGGGAAAACUUUCAGUCAGAGUUCCAGCUUGGUGUCACACAGGAGGACUCACACUGGGGAGAAACCGUAUGAGUGUCCAGAUUGUGGGAAAACUUUCAGUCAGAGUUGUUACCUGGUUAUACAUGAGCGAACUCACACAGGGGAGAAACCAUAUGAGUGUCUAUAUUGUGGGAAAAGUUUCAUUCGGAAUUACUCCUUAGUGAUACACCAAAGGACUCACACAGGGGAGAAACCGUACAAAUGUAUGGAUUGUGGGAAAAGUUUCCGUCUUAAUUCCCACCUGGUAGUCCAUCAGAGGACUCACUCGGAGAAGAAACCUUACGAGUGCCAGGAUUGUGGGGAAAGUUUCAGUCAGAAUUGCCUUUUGGUAUACCACCAGAGGCGACACACAGGAGAGAAACCAUAUGAGUGUCCAGAUUGUGGGAAAAGUUUCAGUAACAACUCCCACCUGGUGGUGCACCAGAGUAUUCACACAGGUGAGAAGCCGUAUGAGUGCCAGGAAUGUGGGAAAACGUUUAGUCGUAAUUCUCACCUGCUGAUACAUCAGAGGUCUCACACAGGGGAGAAACCAUAUGAGUGUCAGGAGUGUGGGAAAACUUUCAGUCGGAAUUCCCACUUGGUGAUACACCAAAGAACUCACACAGGAGAGAAACCAUAUGAGUGUCCUGAUUGUGGGAAAGGUUUCACUACUAAGUCCAAACUUGUAGUUCAUGUAGCUUUACACAUUGGGGAGAAACCAUUCAAAUGCCCAGAAUGCGGACGUAGCUUCACACAAAAUUCCUCUCUUACUGCACACAAGAAAAUCCACAUGAGGCAGAAAGUAAUGAGUCUGGAAAAGUCUUGACUUUCAUUUCUGAUCUGUCAUUAGAAGUGCAGGAAAUGUAGGGAGACCUAAUGGAAGCAUCAGCCCACCUGCCUCAGGCCUUCUCCAGUGGCCCAGCUGUCCUGCCAACGAGAAUAGGUGGGGAAGGAAUCUCUGUCUGCAUUUUCUAAUUCUGCCUCUGCCCUUCUUUCUCCCAAGAUGCCCUGCAUUUAUAGGACAAAAGAAGGACCAGUUCCUCAGCUUUUGGGGGCUUUUUUCCACUAAUCAGCUGUCUGACCAUUAGCUGUCCAUGGGGAUGCUGUGAAGCUCCUCUGUCUCUAGGCUUUGGGAAGAGGGCCCUUGCUGAAAGGGCAGCUUCAGAACAAGCUUCCCAAACCUUUCCCUUCCUUAACACCCUCUCCUUUCUCUCUCUCCCGGAAAAAAAUCUGGGAAGGAUGGGCUUGUUGAUCUUCCUUCACCCUGCCUCAAUUAGGUGCUAAAACUAAAUUCUCCCUCUGCCCUCUAACCAAUAUCCUAUUUUAAAAAAACCUUACUUUGACUCCAGGCUGAAGAGUGGAAGAAUGAAGCCAGCGAAGAGACUUUUUACUUCCAGUGAAAAGAUGACUAACAGAAUACAUACCCUGAAAGGUUUUUUUCCCUGGGCUGUAGCUCUUCAACUAUUAACUGAAGGACUGGCAUUCCUUCAGUUUGUAUGAUGCACCUGGAUUAGGGAGAGUCUAAGAAUUACUCCAAAGAGAGAAAAUAUUUCUGCAGCCUUUUCCCCCUGAGGUUAAAAAAAAAAACCCACAGCAAAUCUCUAAAAGUUGUGCCAGAAAAUAGAGGAUGCUGUGUCUUUGCAAGCUUAAAUUAACUGUCAGACUGCCUGUAAAGCCCAGCUAGGGCUUAAAAGACUAGAUUGCUGCAGUCAAAAUUGUGACUUUCUGAGGGAUGGAGAACAUUAAGGAAAGGGAAGGUUUGGGAAGCUUGUCCUGAAGCUGCAUUUUGUGGCUAUAAAUUAGUUUAAUAAGCAUCCAGCUUGUCAUACAAAGGUAUGGGCAGUGAUAGAUUUAAUCUGCCACUCUUAACGUUCCCUAAACCCAUCUCGUGUUUCUAGUCCUCCUUUUAGAUUCCAUUUAAGCUUCUGUAUUUAUAUAUGCCUUCUCUUUUAUACCUUUUAAUUUUCUAUAAUAAUAGUUACUUUAGCAAUUAUUAAGAUUAUUUCCUUUUUAAUUAAAUGUACCAUACAAUCCUUAUGCUGGUCUUUCGGCAUAAUAAAGAUUUCAUUUGAUUUCA